AUGGCUGACACACCUUCCUCCAUAGUUUCAUCUGACCAGGCUUCUGCACAAAUAGAAUAUGAUCAUUUUUUGAUUAUUGAGCUUUAUAAAGAUGGUUUAGGCUUAUCAUUACAGAAUAGUAAUAGGUCUCAUUUCUUGAGAUUCAGAGACUUAAAAUUCAAAGAGGAUUAUACACCACAAGGAGAACCUUUAGCAACAUUGAAUUCACUUGGAUUGAUUGGACUUGUGGAAUUGGGACCAGGUUAUUUGGUGGUUAUUCACACACAAGCACCUGUUUUUGAGCAUAAUGAAGUUACAAUAUGGAAUAUAACUAAAUGUUUAGUGAUACCUUUGAAAUACGAUUUAGCAAAAAGAUUGUUUAAAUUUGAAGAAACUACUGGUACAAAUGAAGAAGAUCAAGAUGCAAAUGAAGAAACAUUGAGGUUACAAGGAAGACAAAGAGCAACAUCAACUGCUAGUAAUUUAGUAACUGAGAAAGUACUGCAAACUAAAGAUAUGUUUUUCAGUAAAUUGGGUGUUUAUGUAAAUGAUAUCAAAUCAAACCCAUCACUCUCUGUUUCUAACAAGAAGGUGAAUAUGUUAACUAUAGAUAAUGAAGAAGACAAUGAGCCUGAACAGUUAGAUGGGAAAGAAAUCAAUUCAAUCAAGCUGAAAAGGUCAAUCACCAUUAGGGGCGUUCCUAAAGACCAACACACACAAUUACCAAAGAACAAUUUCACAAGAUUAUUUGAUAAGUUCAAACAACAACAACUAGAUGAAAGUACAAAUACACAAUAUUCAAUAUCUAAUAGUCUUCUGUUUAAAUUUGAAAAACAAUUAGAAAAGUUUUUUAGCAGGAAAGAUUUUUUUUACUCAAGAGAGAUUGAUGUAACAAAGGACAUUAUAUAUAAAGAUGACAAAUUACAAGCAGAUCCAAAUCAAAGCACUGGAUCUUAUUGGUUCAAUUACAUCAUUUCUAAAAGGUUUAGAACUUCAGGCUUAUCUUUACCAUUGAUUCAAGGGUUUAUUGGUGGAAUUGAUGUUGAUUUAGGGACUUCAGAUACAUCAGAAGCAAAUCAAGGUAAAUUGUUGUUGUUGAGUAAAAGGAGUACCAAAAGGGCAGGUUCAAGAUACUUAAGAAGAGGUAUAGAUGAUCAAUCCAAUGUCGCAAACUUUGUCAAAACGUCACAAAUAUUUAUAACUGAACUAGAUAAUAACUCAUUGUUCACCAAAUUUGAUAUUUUAAGAGGUUCAAUUCCAUUAUUCUUCCAACAAAACCCAGCUUUCUUGAAACCUAUACCAACGUUAACGAGAAGCAUUGAGAAAUGUCAAAAACCGUUCAAAGAACAUUUUGAAAAUUUGUUAGAAAAGCAUGGACAGGUUACAUGUAUAUCACUUGUUGAAAGAACCCCAAAGGAGAAUCAAGUGGGGAAUGCUUAUGAAGAAUUAGCCCACAAGAAUAAUAUCGAAUUUUCAUGGUUUGAUUUCCAUGAAAUCUGUAAAAAAAUGAAAUUUGAUAAUGUUUCUCAAUUGUUAGAUUACCCAGUUGAUAAUACAGAAGUUGAAUUAACAGUUGGACAAAAAUUAGAUAUCUAUAGAUGGACAGAUAAUGUCAACGGUGAAGAUCAACUUGGUGUCCUUAGAAUAAAUUGUAUUGACUGUUUGGAUAGAACAAACAUUGUAUCAAAAUUCAUUUCAGAGGUUGUCCUUGUUGAUAAAAUAUUACCUACACAUGGUUCAUCAAUUAAGGAUUUCAGUAAAUUUCAAAAAGAUUUCAAUAAUCUUUGGGCAGAUAAUGGUGACUAUAUUUCAAGACAAUAUGCAUCAACGAAUGCAUUAAAAGGUGAUUAUACAAGAACUGCAAAGAGAAAUUAUAAAGGUUUGUUGAAUGAUGCUUUCUUAACAAUGUCAAGAUAUUAUUCUGGUUAUAUAAGUGAUUAUUUCAAACAAUGUUUUGUUGAUUAUUUACUAGGACAUAAAAAUAAAGAUGUUUUUGAAGAAUUUGAAAAUACGUUGAACGUUUUAGAUCCAAAUGAAAUCAAUGAGAACUUGAACAAAAAUAACUCCACAUUAAAGAUCAUUGUUGAAGGUUUAGGAAUUAUUAAGAACAAGCAAACUUCAAGUGGUUCAGAAUCUGAAGGUGAAGUUGAUGAGGAUUUAAUCUUAGUUGGAUCGUGGUCAAAUGUUCAAUCACCAUUAGUGUAUAACAAAUUACUACCAUUUGAUAAAGAUCCAAUAUCAGUUAUUUUGACUAAUAAGUUAAUUUACUUUGUCAAGUAUAACGAGAAAGAUGAAAUCAUUGAGAAAGUUAUAAAAAUUAAGAUCAAGGACUUGAAUGAGUUACAAUAUGGGGCAUUUAUAACAUCAACUCACAGUUCAUUAUCAUUGAAUCCUAAGAGAAACGUUGGGCUAAAGUUCAUUUUCAAAAAGGAAUUUGAAGCAACAGCUGAUAACACGGAGAAUGAUCAACAGGAAGAACAACUGAACUACCUUGUUAUGAAAUUUCCAAGUGAGUUAGAUUAUGAAAAAAUCAAAUAUAAUAUUGAAUUAAUCUCGAAAACCUGUCAUUCGAGUACAUUAUCAAAUGUUGAUAUAAUUGGGGAAGAUGAAGCACGUAAAACCGUGAAUGUAAUUGAGAAUUUGGAGUAUAGAUUCAAAAAAUUGGUCUGGGGAUAG